CGGCGGCGGCGGCAGCAGCAGUCGCGGCUCCAGCCGCCCGCCGACUCGCUCACUCGCUCCCGGUGCGCGCCGCCCGCUGCCUAGCUCUGGGCUGCCCGCAGCUCCGGCUUCUGGCCCGACGCUCCGGCGCGUCUCGGGCUCCGGACAACAGGACCUCGACUGGCUGGCUGAGCCCGGGGCGAACCGCGAAGCAGGGCCCAGGAUGGCACUCUUGGUGGCAGGGCUCGUUGUCUGCUCCCUCCUGCAAACCGUCUUCUCCCUGAACCCCGAGGACCCCAACGUGUGCAGCCACUGGGAAAGCUAUGCCGUGACUGUCCAGGAAUCAUAUGCACACCCCUUUGACCAGAUCUACUACACACGAUGCACAGACAUCCUCAACUGGUUCAAGUGCACCAGGCACCGGAUCAGUUAUAAGACGGCAUAUCGGCGUGGGCUCCGGACCAUGUACCGGCGGAGGUCCCAGUGCUGUCCUGGCUACUAUGAGAAUGGAGACUUCUGCAUACCCCUGUGUACAGAGGAGUGUGUGCAUGGCCGCUGUGUUUCCCCAGACACCUGCCACUGUGAGCCUGGCUGGGGAGGACCCGACUGCUCUAGCGGCUGUGACAGCGACCACUGGGGUCCCCAUUGCAGCAACCGGUGCCAGUGCCAGAACGGGGCCCUGUGCAACCCCAUCACGGGCGCCUGCGUGUGCGCCGCCGGCUUCCGUGGCUGGCGCUGCGAGGAGCUCUGCGCUCCGGGUACCCACGGCAAAGGCUGCCAGCUGCAGUGCCAGUGCCGCCACGGUGCCAGCUGCGAUCCCCGCACCGGCGAGUGCCUUUGCGCCCCUGGCUACACCGGAGUCUACUGCGAGGAGCUGUGCCCGCCUGGGAGCCACGGGGCUCACUGUGAGUUGCGCUGCCCCUGCCAGAAUGGAGGCACCUGCCACCACAUCACGGGCGAGUGUGCCUGUCCCCCAGGCUGGACGGGAGCAGUGUGUGCCCAGCCCUGCCCACCAGGGACGUUUGGCCAGAAUUGCAGCCAGGACUGUCCUUGCCACCACGGAGGGCAGUGUGACCAUGUGACCGGGCAGUGCCACUGCAUGGCUGGAUACAUGGGGGACAGGUGCCAAGAGGAAUGCCCCUUCGGGACCUUCGGCUUCCAGUGCUCCCAGCGCUGUGACUGCCACAACGGGGGCCAGUGUUCGCCCACCACCGGCGCCUGUGAAUGUGAGCCUGGCUACAAAGGCCCUCGCUGCCAGGAGCGGCUGUGCCCUGAGGGCCUGCAUGGCCCAGGCUGCACCUCGCCCUGCCCCUGCGAUGCUGACAAGACCAUCAGCUGCCACCCAGUAACUGGAGCUUGCACCUGCCAGCCGGGGUGGUCUGGCCGCCACUGCAAUGAGUCCUGUCCUGCGGGCUACUAUGGCGAUGGCUGCCAGCUGCCUUGCACCUGUCAGAACGGCGCCGACUGCCACAGCAUCACUGGGAGCUGCACGUGUGCCCCAGGCUUCAUGGGGGAGGUCUGUGCUGUCCCUUGUGCUGCAGGGACCUAUGGCCCCAACUGCUCCUCGGUCUGCAGCUGUAACAACGAUGGCACCUGCUCCCCAGUAGAUGGCUCCUGCACCUGCAAAGAGGGAUGGCAGGGCCUCGACUGCACCCUGCCGUGUCCCAGUGGGAUGUGGGGCCUGAACUGCAAUGAGAGCUGCACCUGUGCCAAUGGGGCAGCCUGCAGCCCCGCUGAUGGUUCCUGCUCCUGCACCCCCGGCUGGCUGGGGGACACCUGCGAACUGCCCUGCCCGGAUGGCACAUUUGGGCUGAACUGCAGUGAGCGCUGUGACUGCAGCCACGCUGAUGGUUGUGACCCCAUCACAGGCCACUGCUGCUGUUUGGCCGGAUGGACAGGCAUCCACUGUGACAGCACAUGUCCACCUGGUCGCUGGGGCCCCAACUGCUCUGUGUCCUGCAGCUGCGAAAAUGGUGGUUCCUGCUCCCCAGAGGAUGGGAGCUGCGAGUGUGCUCCGGGCUUCCGAGGACCCUUAUGCCAGAGAAUCUGCGCCCCUGGGUUCUAUGGCCACGGCUGCGCCCAGCCAUGUCCCCUCUGUGUGCACAGCAGUGGACCCUGCCAUCACAUAAGCGGCAUCUGCGAGUGCCUCCCUGGAUUCUCUGGAGCCCUCUGCAACCAAGUGUGUUCUGGAGGGCACUUUGGACAGGACUGUGCCCAGCGCUGCUCCUGUGCCAACAACGGGACCUGCAGCCCCAUUGAUGGCUCCUGCCAGUGCUUCCCCGGAUGGAUUGGCAAGGAUUGCUCACAGGCUUGCCCAGCUGGGUUCUGGGGCCCCGCCUGCUUCCACACAUGCAGCUGCCACAACGGGGCGAGCUGUAGCGCCGAGGAUGGGGCCUGCCACUGCACCCCCGGCUGGACCGGACUCUUCUGCACGCAGCGCUGCCCAGCAGCAUUUUAUGGGAAGGACUGUGGGCGUGUGUGCCAGUGUCAGAAUGGCGCCAGCUGUGACCACAUCAGCGGCAAGUGCACCUGCCGCACGGGCUUCACGGGGCGACACUGUGAGCAGAGAUGUGCUCCAGGAACCUUUGGCUAUGGGUGUCAGCAGCUAUGUGAGUGCAUGAACAAUGCCACCUGUGACCACGUCACAGGCACCUGUUAUUGCAGCUCUGGAUUCAAAGGGAUCAGGUGUGACCAAGCUGCCCUCAUGAUGGAGGAGCUGAAUCCCUACACCAAGAUCAGCCCAGCACUGGGUGCAGAACGGCACUCUGUGGGUGCUGUCACAGGCAUCAUCCUCCUGCUGUUCCUCAUUGUGGUGCUGCUGGGUCUGUUUGCCUGGCGCCGGCGGAGACAGAAAGAGAAGGGCCGAGACCUGGCUCCCCGCGUCUCCUAUACACCUGCCAUGAGGAUGACCAGCACUGACUACUCCCUCUCAGAUUUGUCUCAAAGUAGCAGCCACGCCCAGUGCUUUUCCAAUUCCAGCUACCAAGCACUGGCGUGCGGGGGGCCUGCCACCAGCCAGGUCAGCACUCUGGACAGGAACAGCCCCACCAAGCUCAGUAACAAGUCCCUUGACAGAGACAUGGCAGGCUGGACCCCCUACAGCUAUGUGAACGUGUUAGACUCCCAUUUCCAGAUCAGUGCCCUGGAGGCCAGGUACCCGCCCGAGGACUUCUACAUUGAACUUAGACACCUCAGCCACCCCGCUGAGCUACACUCACCAGGAGCUUGUGGAAUGGAUAGACGUCAGAACACAUACAUUAUGGACAAAGGCUUCAAAGAUUACAUGAAAGAAUCCGUGUGCAGUUCUAGCACUUGUUCUUUGAAUAGCAGUGAAAACCCUUACGCCACAAUUAAGGACCCACCUAUCCUCACCUGCAAGCUUCCAGAAAGCAGCUAUGUAGAAAUGAAAUCGCCUGUGCACAGGGGGUCUCCAUACACAGAUGUGCCAUCCUUGUCAACAUCUAAUAAAAAUAUAUAUGAAGUUGAGCCCACAGUCAGUGUGGUCCAAGAAGGCCGUGGUUGUAACUCCAGCUAUAUCCAGAAUCCAUACGACCUACCUAGGAACAGCCAUAUUCCUGGUCAUUAUGACCUCCUCCCAGUAAGACAGAGCCCUACCAAUGGGCCCUCCCAGGACAAGCAGUCUUAAGAGGGAGAAGCCUCUCUCUUGCUAUGUACUCUGCUGAAUAUUCUCUGACUCUCUGAAAGAAGACAAUCCUUUGACUUGAAAUAAUGGUCCAGACUGACUCCAGCUGCGUGUUAGUCAUAAUGUUCACCUGGAACUAAAGAAGAGCUUGCAAAAGGGACUGGAGUAAUUGUUCAAAAGGUCCUUCACAAAGGCAAAUUCUACUACUCACCCACCCCCCAACCCCAAAUGCCCUGGAGUAUAUGAGUCUUUUAAAAUAUUUAAGAUAUAGCUACUCAUCAACAUCAGCUUGUAUGUAUUUAUAAGUUAAAAUCAUCUGAAAUUGAUGCUUAGAAAGCAUGUAGCAUAGGUUUUACCAAACUUUCCUAGGGGUAAUGGGGACUGGGGAAGAGACAGGAUUAUUUUAAAACAUCUGAAAUACAUAUGUUCUUUUGGUUCCUGUUACCAUCAACAUGUUUCAUUUCUUAAGACAAUUAGUAGAUGGACACAAACUGUGCCAGUAUCAAUCCUAAAGUACCUGUACAUAUAUGCCAGGUCAAUCAAAUUAUAACAGCCAGGAUUACAGAGUUUAGGAUAUAGUCUAACACUGACAACUUCAAUUUUUUUAAAUAAGACUUUAAUAAAUACAAACUAAAUUUCCCUCUUCUGCCCCUGGUAGUAGGAGGAAAAACAGUUUCCAAAGUACAGCAGCCUCUUGCAGUCUAAAAGAAAGAUUUUUAGCCUGGCUUUACCAGAUCUUGCCAAUUCAAAGUUUAAAAACAUUGCAAGUCAGUCCUGGCCUUGUCAUAUCUCCUUAGUCCAUCCAACACCUGAGUCAUUCCAUGUGAAAGAGAACUCUGGGAUGAUGCUUAAGCAAGCAGUCACAGACUGUUAUGAAUUCAAUAUUCCUAAAAACAUUCUUUGGCCUCCCAAAUUUAUUUGGUUGGCAUUCCUUGACUCAGAAGAGUACUUGCUUUCAAGCAUUUCUUCAUAAGUCUUGAGCUUGAUGUAGUAUGAAGCCUAAAAGUGUAGUGCAAAGUAGACAAAAGUGGAUAUAGGAAGUUUAAGUUGUGUAAAGUACAUAUGCUUUUUGAUGGCACUAAAUGAAAUGAUCAAAGAAAGAAUGGAUGGUAAUCAAUUGCUGUAACAUGAUGUAAAAACUUAGCAUAUAAGUAAAUGAAAUAUUUCUACCUUCUGACCACCACCUACUGAGAUGGACAAAAAUGUAUUACAAGGAGCUAAUCUCCAAAUAACCAGUAUUCAGAUGUAUCUACAUCUUCCACUACAAAUGAAUAUAAGCCAAGGGGCUCAGAUUAGUUAAAAUGGAGCCACUCUCAAGCCCUCAAGAGGGCCUCCUCAGAAGAAUUAAAGAUCAAAAGGGCAAACCAGGGAAACUAAUGACUACCCCAUAUACCACUCCAUUCUCUGAGUAACAGUCUAGCCAGUAAAAAAUACUUCCAAAAAGGUAUACAGAAGAGGAACUAAAUGACUGUAAAUGACUGCAAAGCUGGAACAGCUGCUACAGGAAG